UGCACUGCCUUAUCUCUCUCUUCGGUUCCCAUUCCCAAGCGAUCUCUCGCGCUCCCUCUCGCUUCUUCUUUCGCCAGCUCGCGGUCUUCGCCUCUCCGGCUGAGACCUCUCGAUGGAGACUCUGCACUUCGCUCGGGUGAUUCCAUGUAGAACGUCGCCCGCACGUUCAGUGCGAGCUGGCGCUAGCGUCUCCGGAGCGACCGGGCAACCGCGUUUCUUCUCAUGCUGGAGAAAGAGUGCUGGAGCCGGCUGUGUUGUGUCGAGGAGAUUGGCGAGCGGUGAACGCGACAGUGGCUUCGGUGGCUCGCUGUCGAAGGACGAGUUCGCUGUAGAAGAUGGAGAGCAGAAAUCUGAGGGUGGGGGUGGUGGUGGUGGUGGUGGUGAUGGUGGGCUGGUGUUAGGUGCAGAGAGGGAUGCCUCUGGCUCUGUUGUCGGGUUCAACCUCAUUCCUCAGACACGACCCGAUUACAUGGAAGUUGCUACUGCUGAGGGAGACAAAAGCACUGAUGAGAUAAAAGAGACUGGGGAAACAGAAGGCGAAGAGGAAACCCAAACCAAAGUAUCUUACAAUAUCGUUUUUGUGACUGCUGAAGCAGCUCCUUACUCUAAGACAGGGGGCUUGGGAGAUGUAUGUGGUUCAUUACCAAUAGCCCUGGCAGCUCGGGGACACCGUGUUAUGGUUGUCUCUCCCAGGUAUCUAAAUGGAACUGUUGCAGAUGAAAGAUAUGCUGGUGCUCUCGAUUUGGACUGCUGCAUUAAAAUCUAUUGUUUUGAUGGAGUUCAAGAGGUUUCCUUCUUCCACGAGUACAGAAAAGGUGUUGACUGGGUAUUCGUGGAUCACCCAGCGUACCACCGUCCUGGAAAUCCAUAUGGAGAUAGCUAUGGUGCUUUUGGCGAUAACCAGUUUCGGUUCACUUUACUUUGCCAUGCAGCAUGUGAAGCCCCAAUAGUUCUUCCCCUGGGUGGUCUCACAUAUGGGGAAAACUGUCUGUUUCUAGUCAACGACUGGCAUGCCAGCCUUGUGCCGGUACUCUUGGCAGCCAAAUACCAUCCAUUUGGAGUUUAUAAGGAUGCCCGCAGUGUUCUCAUAAUCCAUAACAUUGCACAUCAGGGUGUGGAAGCUGCAGUGACGUAUAAGAAUCUGGGACUCCCUCCUCAAUGGUAUAAAGCACUUGAAUGGGUGUUUCCUACAUGGGCAAGAACGCAUGCUCUUGAUACUGGGGAAGCUGUCAACAUGUUAAAGGGUGCGAUUGUGACAGCUGAUCGUAUACUUACAGUUAGCAAGGGUUAUUCCUGGGAGAUAACAACCUUUGAAGGUGGAUAUGGUCUCAAUGAAUUGUUAAGCAGUCGAAAAUUUGUUCUAAGUGGUAUUACCAAUGGCAUUGAUAUUACUGAGUGGGAUCCUUCCACGGAUGAGCAUCUUGCUUCCCAUUACUCUGUCAGUGAUCUUUCUGGAAAGGUGCAAUGCAAGAUAGCUUUGCAGAAAGAACUUGGUCUUCCUAUUUUGCCAAACUGCCCAAUGAUUGGGUUUAUCGGUAGACUGGACUACCAGAAAGGGAUUGACCUAAUUGCUUCAGCAAUUCCAGAGCUUAUGGAAGAUGAUAUCCAAUUCGUUAUGCUUGGGUCUGGAGAGCCACGAUUUGAAGGAUGGAUGAGAGUGGCAGAGUCAACCUACAAAGAGAAGUUCCGGGGUUGGGUGGGAUUCAAUGUUCCUAUCUCUCAUAAGAUAACGGCAGGCUGUGACAUUUUACUGAUGCCGUCAAGGUUUGAACCAUGUGGGCUAAAUCAGCUGUAUGCCAUGAGAUAUGGAACUGUACCAGUGGUACAUGCCACUGGAGGACUUAGGGACACAGUAGAGAACUUCAACCCUUAUGCUAAUGAAGGCAGCGGCGAGGGUACUGGAUGGACCUUUUCUCCACUAACAAAAGAGAGCAUGUUGGUGGCCCUGAGAUUCGCCAUUAAGACAUACAGAGAACACAAAACUUCUUGGGCGGGACUGAUGAAGAGAGGGAUGGCGAAGGACUUCACGUGGGAGAAUGCGGCAAUGCAGUACGAGGAGGUCUUUAAGUGGGCCUUCACAGAUCCGCCUUAUGUCAGGUGAGGGGGUCUGAUCGCGGAGGAUCUGAAAGCCAGGAGAUAAACGUCGGACGCUGCAAAUCUUUAGCGUGUCAACUUGUCAAGGACCUGAUCUUUGGUCAAGCAGAGCUCGGAGAUGCGGAUGAUAGCUUUCCCUGCCCGCUUCCCUGUUGGGCACGAGUCUUUCGCUUCACUUCCGGAUGAUAAUAUUAUUCGGUUUUAGGCGGUACGGUUGUCCUGAAUCUUACUAAAUUCACCGUAAGUUGUUACCAUCCUUGUCAUUACCUAAAUGAAGAUGUGGUGGCAAAGAGCUUGCCACGUCAUUUUGUAAGCUACGUUUACUAUAAUUUUCCUUGUAAUUGAGGAGCAAGCAACGUUCUUUUUGUA